UGUUGCUUUUUCUUCACAGAGCCAUUUUUAUUGUACAAAAUGUUUGGAGAAACGUUUAAAAAUUUCACUAUAAAUUUCAACGCCUUUAAUCCGAGAGUGACUUUCUCGAGUGGUGACUUUAUGGCAGGUCAGAUUUCCUUUGAUCUUUCGAAGGAAACAAAGCUCAGUUCUAUAACAUUGACAUUAAAUGGAAAAGCAAAGGUACAGUGGACAACACAAGGAGGCGGCGGAGGAAGAAGAGGACGACGCAGAAGGCAACGACGAGUCCACUCGGCAAGGCUGGAAUUCUUCAACUUCUCUCAAAUUGUAAUGCAAGAAAAUAACGCGGUCCCUAACACCACACUUCAACCAGGAACCCAUGUGUACCCAUUCACAUGCCAAAUCCCACAAGGAAACUUCCCCUCCUCUUUCCAUGGGGUGCAUGGCAGUAUAAUCUACUCGAUGAAGGUGGAGAUACACAGGCCAUGGCAUCUAGCCAAGGAGUAUGAGACUGAGUUCAACUUUGCCAGCCACAUAGAUGCCAACCAACCACAUCUUCUGGCUCCUCUGGCAGGCAGCAACACCAAGACCCUGUGUUGCCUCUGGUGUGCCUCAGGUCCCAUCUCAAUGACUGUCUGCACUGAGAGGAAAGGCUUUGUCCCAGGAGAGAUGGUGAAAAUCAUCUGUGAGCUUAGUAAUGGCUCCUCUCGGACGGUGACUCCGCAUGCGACCCUUAUCCAGAAGCAGAUGUUUUACACCCAUAACAAGUGCAACAGGAGGUUGCAGAUGAAAAACCUGGCCUCAGUGGAUGGUCAGCCGGUCAACCCCAGUAGCUCUGAGGUCUACAGCGAUAUGAUGCUUCCCAUCCCUCCCAACACGGCUCUCACUAUCACCAACUGUCCUAUACUGGAGGUGGAUUACACUGUGGAUGUGAGUCUACAUAUCAGAGGUUCCUCUGACCUCAAGGUGCUGUUCCCCAUUGUGCUGUGUAAUAUUCCUGUUUAUGCUCCCCAGCCUCCACCUCCAUAUCAGUAGGAGUAGCACUAGGAUCAAGUUGCCCCUGACUCUAAUCUAAGGUCAGUUCAGUGUUUUUAUACCUAGUGGUUAAGGUUAGGAAUUAGGCAGGAUAAGCAGCUCUUAGAUACGAAGGGCAACUUGUACCUAGUCAUAUUAGAGACAUGCAUAGUCUCUCACAACAUCUGAACAUAGGGAAUAUGAGGGUUACUAUGAACAAUUCUUCCGGUAAGCUGGUUUUUGCAUCACUGAUUAUUUGGACAAAUCACGAUUUUGCCGGGUUGGUCUAAACCUGGCAUCUAUAGAAUUUCGGAAGGGGAGGGGUUACUUUAGGCCCAUAGACUGCUAAAAGGAUUUCAGAGGAGGGCAUGUGGACUUUGCCACUCACAUUAGGCCAAACAUCUCAACAGGCCCCCCAGUACCAUGUCCAGUAGCUGGCCAUAGGCCCACGUUCACUCUAGAUUUGGUUCUGGAUUCCGAGAUUAGACACUGCCAAACCCCUUUUAAGAUGGGGUUUCCAAUUCUACAAUUUCUACAUGUUUAUCACCAUAAGAAUUGUUACAGCAAGAUUUGUCAUCGACCACCAUGUCAAAUCCUUCCUUCAUAUAUUGUCUCUUACCACUACCUAUGGGAGUAUUGUGCUGUUUCUGCUUACUAUAGACAUAACUGUUUCGAAAAUUAAGAGUUUUCAGAAUUCAUUACUUUUUAAGACAGACAUUUCAGAGCCUGUUUCCUCCCUAAUUCACCUCCAUCCGGGUCAUGAGAUGAGGAACUAUUGGUCAAUGUUAUUGCUAAGGGGACUAACUCAAUACUAAAGCUGAUAAGGAAGAAGGCCUUGAUAGCCAACUAAACUUGGCUGUAACAAAUCAUACAACACAACAAAUUGUAGGAUUUAUGUUAAAUGCCUCUUUAAAAAGGUUGAUUUGUAGAUUUGCAAUAGUUCUCAGGGUUGUACCUCAUACGGUACCAGAUUUUCUAAUAUUUUAUGCAUGAACUUUUAAAAGGUGUUUAUGUUCCAUGACUAUUUCUGUUACAUGUUUUUAUAGUCAUACAGUUUUAUUUACAGUUGUAUAUAUACAUUUCAUACUACUUACAUACCAAUGUAUGUAAUGAUGCCUUGCCAUCCUUCACUGUUUGAGGUGACAGACAGACAGUGCUUUAAAUGUCUAAUGCUGCAGUCGUCGUUCAUCUCUUGCCAGGUCAUGUUACUUAGCAUUUCUUUCAAAGUGCUUGAGUGAUUGUUAACAUAAGAUAAUUGGGCUUUGUGACAGUGUUUACCCACGUUUGAUCAAUCACUCUGUGGUGUAUGUCUGUCUGUCACCCAACUCUCUUUUUUAUCAUGGUUAACUUAAGGAUUAGAUUUGUUAUUCAUGGUCAAAAUUUUUUUGCCCCAUACAUUUGGAAAAAUGUCAGAGUAUUCAGAAUGCUUGUGAUUCAAUCACUAAUUCAUUUGUACGUCUGUUUUAGAAUUACACUGUAAUUCUACGUCACUGUUCUCUAGCUGUGGUCCGAAUAACAAAACCAUGUUUUUACACUCCUAGUUGGAUGAGAGUAAUCCAACAGAAAGUCUGAAACAUUUACAUUUAUAUGGUUGAGCUUACUAUAUGAAGAACCACUCAAAUUCACGCACAAUAAUAUUUUUUCCGUAUGAAUUGUAUUUGAUGUGUUCGUGUAAACUAUAUAUUGUAUUUAUGUUAAAAUGUUAUAACAUUUGUUUUUAUGUCUGUUUUAACACUCCCAAGUUCAUCCAUUGAGGA